AUAUAUUCAUGUAAAAGGGAAUUCCAUUCUUUUUUUCCCCAAAUUUCUGCAUAAUGCAGUCAAUAAAAGUCGUUUACGGUUUCAUGUGAAAUGUUCAUUUGUACUGAGUCUGAGCUGCUCUCAUUGGUGGUGAUAGGAACCAGGCGCCUGAAGAGUCUUGUGCCUUUAAAACCCCUUUCACAGAAAUGUAUUAAAGUUGUGAAAAGGCUGUGAAUACGUUGGCUAAUAAUAAUAACUGAGUCAUUUUUCGACAGUUGUGCCCUACUGACAGAUAACCAGUUUGGUUACAGUGAGAACAGCUUUUGGCCUAAAACGUAUUUUUAAAACCCGUAUUUGUGUUGUAGACAUGACGCGCCCUGGCUCCUGUCACCACUAUUAUAAAGACAGUGGAGUUGGUAAGCUCCAGAAGUUACAAUGAACCGUUUCACAUUCAACUCUGAGGGACUGAUGACGUAUCAGCGGCUGAAUUAUGGACGCAUUUCGAAAAACGGAACAGUGGAAUUCCCCUUUAAGAAACAGCGCGGUGAGUCUCCGCCGCAGGGGGGCGCUGUUUCACCACACCGCUCUUCGCUCCGUCCUGCUUUGACGUCCACUGCGGAAGCUGCGUCCAAAACUUUUUUCUUGUUUUCUCUUCAGCUCGUUCGCUGUCUGGCGACUUGCUUUUCGCAGUUUUUAUGUUUCUGACAGCGGUGCUGCUCAACUUCUGACGCCGAAGUUAAUCUACGCAUCUCAGGAUGAGUGCUGGAGUUAAGAAGAAUAGGGGCGGUCUCAUGGAGAUGUACCAGGCCAACUUGGAGCGAAGGAUUCAGCAAGGUGACUGGAAUCUGGUGUGCAGAGAUGAAGACCUGUGCAAAGAAGUGGAGGGUCUUCUUUCCAAAGGGGCUGCCCAGGACACCCAUUCCCCACUUGGGCUAGACCCGCUAUCAGUGAUGGAGACUUCGCUUGAAGCGUUGCCCUCCACAUCAGGGCAAACUGGGCUCGAAAGACUUGCAAAGGCCUUUGAAGUGCUUGAGCUCGCAGCGCUAAACCUCUAUCUUUGUCCGUGGCGGAAGGAGUACAGAGUGGUGAAGAUGUUUUCAGGUAUGUUCACCCACUGGGUAAAACCUGGUUUGACACUACACCAAAUUAAGGAGCUGUUUGGAUUACUAGGAUACCAGCAUAUGGGCAUUGGUGAAGAGGAGGAGCUGAGGCUGAGUUCUAAACCAGUUCAUGCAGACUCUCUUCUCCAGUUGGCUUGUGCUUUCUUCACUGCUCGUAUAGAGUGCCGGCUGCUGCUUUCCUGUAUAUCUCCUUUGGGCAGUUCUUUGGAGUGGGAACUACAGCUCAUUCGGGAAAGGAAGCGUGGCCACAGCCUUCAAAUAGCACGGGACAGUGCAAAAAGGAAGAUGGAGUCUACUCCACAGAGCUCAGAGCAUGAAACGACAGUAGAUCUAGAUCUGUACACAGAUGACCAUCUGGAGCCUGGACAGCAGGCAGAGACCAAUCACAUGACUGCACCACCCAACCUCACUUACACUCCCCCCAAAGAGUCUCAGUCAUCACAUGGGACAUCCCACAGUAACACUACUUCAUCAAAGAGGGAGAAUGAUGACAGCACUAGUAAGGCAAAGCUUGUCUGUGUCACAACAAUGACUUACCAGAUUAAUCCAAAACCCUGUCUAACAGAAUUAAGUCCAAAGCCAUUAAAACAUUUUGAUUAUGAAAAACAGGUUACACCAGGAAGUUGUGCUCAGAUCAGCUACCUGGAGCAAGGUUAUGAUUUAAGACAGGCACAGCAAGACCGAAUGAAUAUGCUGUCCCACAACACACAACCCGAAACUAUACAAAGCUGGGGAAAAGCCCAGAAAAAUAAGCUGACGAAGCACCAAUGUAUGGACAAAUCUGCUGAAGUUAUCUUUAGUGUGUGCCAUGAUUGUCAUUACAUCCACGAUUUCUCGUGUGAUGACCUUCAAUACUGUGAUGCAAGGAAACAUAAUUUGCAAACUACAGGAAUAAUACAGCCACCUCAAGGGGAAAGAGGUGUGACAGCACCUCCACAGAGACACACUUGCCUUAGAGAAAAAGAUCAAAUUUAUGUUGUCUGCAAUACCUGUAACAAAUCCCAUGACUGCCUAUGUGAGGAAGCACAGAGGUGCCGGGACUGUGGUCAUUCGUUGCAAUACUUGGCGGAAAUGAACAAAGAAGAAACAUACACACUUUCUAAGCCCAUGCCUCUUCACCAAUGCUGUACUGAAACACAGCCUAAAUUUGCUUGCCUAACUUGCAAAGUUUUCCAUGCUGUUUCCUGUAAGGAUGAGCAGUGCCUUAAAAAAACCCACAAUGUGCAGAAACUAAAAUCUGAGUGCUCAAGUUGUUCAGACCCUGAGCUUCACACCCUGUGUAGGUUUUGCUGUGCCCAGUAUUGCAAAACCUGUUGGUUUAAAAAUCCCAUGGAGUGCAAGUGUGGCAAGCCAUUCUCCUCACCUGUUUAAAAGAACCAGAACUUCAGUACUUCUGUUCCUUUGUUAAAAAGCAUGUUGUCAUUUGGGAAAUAGGGCUGUAUUUUCUGUCCUUAUUACCACAACGAAAACUUUUUGAAAAGUUCACUACAAAUGAAAUUCUGAGUACUGCCAGAAGAUUAAACAGCCAUGAACAGUAAUACUUUAUAUAUGUAUUGUGGUUUAGACUUCUGUAUUACAGAUACACAGAAACUCAAACUGUCUUAAUAGGCCAUGUAUCAUUUGGUGUCUAAUUUGGGAAUAUUUUAUAUAUUUUUAGGCUUGCUUUUAUAUUUGCUUUUGCUUUUCUUCAUUAAAAAAUGUGGUAUCUCUGGUUUGUGUAACUGCUAUGCUGGAAAAGAAGUAAUUAAAUAAAUUGGGGACAA